UAAAAAAAAUAAGAAAAAAAAUCAAAGGGUGUCUAAUAGUUUUGACUCCAACAGUAUGUAUAUGUGUAUUAUUUUCUAUGGUAUUAAAUACUAAAUAUACCCUGUAUUUGUCAUGUAUCAUGUUUGUUUAAGAUGCUGUGACCACUCACAUGUAAAAUCUAUAAAAAUUAAUCACAAAAAUAAAAUAGUAUCAUUGCAGGCUGCACUGGCACAGCUUGAACAGAAAUGAAAAAAAAAAACUAUGUGUGAGCGCCCUCUUUAGGUCAUUUUCCACGCACUACUUUCGAUUUCUUGCAAAACCAGGAAACUCUUUGAAAUGAGACCAACAGAAACUCGAUGACUUGUUGCAUAUACCUUUGUGUGCAUGUGUUAAUAGAGUGAAUAUGUCAGUGACUACUCGGUGUUGUUCAACUUACUGUUUUCGAUGGGUGAUUGAUUUGCUGAUUGACCCACCAGCAAGUUUUGGGAUUCUGAACAAGAGAAUCAGACAAAGAUGCAGUUGCAAAGCUUUCUCAUGUAGGUGAGUUCAACUUUACAAACCGACAACAACAACAACAACAAAAACACUUUAAAGCUGUAAUAUACUUGGAAAAUGGCAGAAUCCAGCACUUCAGUGGUUGAGGAUCAGUUCAGCUGUUCAAUCUGUAAGGAUCUCCUGAGGGAGCCAGUGACCAUCCCCUGUGGACACAGUUACUGUAUGAUCUGCAUUACUGACUGCUGGAGUCAAGAUGAGCAGAGGAGAGUUUACAGCUGCCCUCAGUGCAGACAGACCUUCACUCCAAGACCUGCUUUAAACAAGAAUGUGGUGAUGGCAGAAAUGGUGGAGAAUCUGAAGAAGACAGGAUUAAAAUCUCGUGCAAAUUAUGCUGAAGCUGGAGAUGUGAAGUGUGAUGUUUGCGCUGGGAGAAAACGCAAAGCUGUGAAGUCGUGUCUGCUGUGUCUGAACUCUUACUGUGAAACCCAUUUUGAAUGUCAUGAAGUCUUUCAUUCAAGUAAGCGUCAUAAAGUGACCGAUGCCACCGGACGAAUCCAGGAGAUGAUCUGCUCUCAACAUGACCGACUGCUGGAGGUUUACUGUCGGACUGACCAGAAGUGUGUAUGUUUAAUGUGUGUGAUGGAUGAACAUAAAAAUCAUGACACUGUUUCAGCUGAAGCAGAGAGAGCUGAGAAACAGAUUCAAGUUGGCGAAACACAAACACAAUUACAGAACAGAAUUCAGGAGAAGCAAAGCAAGCUCCAGCAGCUGAGAGAGUCUGUAGAGAUACAUAAGAGCUCUGCACAGACAGCAGUGGAUGAUUGUGAGAGGAUCUUUACUGAAAUCAUCCGCUGUAUUAAGAGAAGAAGAUUGAAGGUCACACAGAUGAUCAGAGAUCGAGAAAAGACUGAAGUGAGUCGAGCUGAAGGACUCUUGAAGAAAGUGGAGCAGGAGAUUGAAGAUCUGAAGAGGAGAAACACUGAGCUGGAGCAGCUUUCACACACUGAUGAUCACAUACAUUUCCUGCAGAGUUUGCAGCCUCUCAUCAUCCCUGCUGAAUCUACAGACAGCAUGACUGUCAGUUCUCUCCCUUCUUAUGAAGAUGUGGGAAAAUCUGUCUCAGAACUGAGGAAGAAAUUGGAUGAUUUCUGCAAAGAACAGAUUAAAUUAAUUUCUGCUUCAGUGAGAUGCCGAACGCAGAUCCUUCCCACCACUAAACCCAAAACCAGGGAGGACUUCCUAAAGUAUUUCCAUCAGUUCACUCUGGAUUCACAGUCGGUGCAUAACAACCUCAGUCUGUCCGAUGAGAACAGAGUAGCUACUUUCACUGCAUCAAUGCAUGCAUAUCCUGAUCAUCCGGACAAAUUUGAUACCUGGCCUCAGGUGUUGUGCAGAGAAAAUGUGUGUGGGCGCUGUUACUGGGAGGUGGAGUGGAGCGGGAAUCAUGGUGUGGCUAUAGCAGUGUCAUAUAAGAGCAUCAGCAGGAAGGGACAGGGUACUGAGUGUAAAUUUGGAUAUAAUAAUCAGUCCUGGAGAUUGUUCUGCUCUGCCUCUGGAUACAUAUUCAGUCACAACAACAGGAAACGGGAUCUGCCGGUAGUCUCCAAAAUAGGCGUGUAUGUGGAUCAGAGAGCAGGAGUUCUGUCGUUCUUCCGCGUCUCUGACACAAAAAUGAGCCUCAUCCACAGAGUGCAGACCACAUUCACUCAACCGCUCUACCCUGGGUUUGGCUUAAACCGGGACUCAUCAGUGAAACUGUCAUCUAUGAUUUAGAGUUCUAAUCAUCAUGUAAGAGCUAUGAAAAGUAGCAUUUGUUUCAUUAAUGAACUCAAACAAUCUUUUCCCUUUUCCCAUUGACACCACUUUGAAGAUGUGGGAUUCUGUUAAGCUCUUAUUUACAACUUUUUUUGUGUAAAUAGGCUCAUUUUGGUGCAGCGUGGUGGCUCAGUGGUUAGCGAUGUCACCUCAAAGCAAGAAGGUAGCUGGUUCGAGCCCCGAAUGGGCCAGUUGGCAUUUCUGUGUGGAGUUUGCAUGUUCUCCUCGUGUUUGCGUAGGUUUCCUCCACAUGUGGAAAUGGUGAAUUGAAUAAACUAAAAUUGACCGGU